CCCUCUUUCAUACUGAUAAGAAGAAAAGGAGACGGGAUAAUACAAGGAGAGUUUUACAAGGGCUGAGCGGUUGGGUGACGAAUACAUCGUUUAACCGGCACUUGUCUUGUUGAAGUGUGGUUUAUUGUUUUGAUUAUUUAUUUCGUCUUUUUUUUACAAUGGCGACCGCAGCUGCAACUCCUCCUCCGAGCGUGAAGAGAAGCACGUGCGGCACUCCGCUAACACCGACCCCGACACGGAUCAGCAGGCUUCAGGAGAAACAGCAGCUCCGGAACCUCAACGACCGCCUGGCCGUGUACAUAGACAAGGUCCGCAGCCUGGAGUCUGAGAACAGCGUCCUCCAUCUGCAAAUAAACGAGACCGAGGAGGUGAGGAGUCGCGAGGUGACCGGUCUGAAAGCGCUAUACGAGACCGAACUAGCCGAUGCCAGAAGGUGCCUGGAUGAUUCCUCCAAGGAGCGGGCCUGGCUGCAGAUCGAGCUCGGGAAGAUCAGAUCUGACCAUGAGCAGCUCGCGCAUAACUUCAACAAGAAGGACUCGGAGGCAGCAGGAUGUCAGGCCCGGCUGAAGGACCUGGAGGCUCAGCUGAACUCUAAAGACGCCAUGUUGGCCACGGCGCUGUCUGAGGGUCGAGGCCUGGAGGCGAUGCUGGCCGACCUGAGGGAGCGGCUGCAGGAGCUGGAAACGGGUCUCGCUCACACCAAGCAGCAGCUCUCCGAUGAGAUGCUGAUGCGCGUCGACCUGGAGAACCGCUGCCAGAGUCUGACGGAGGAGAUUAUCUUCCGCAAGAGCAUGCAGGAGGAGGAAGUGAAGGAGGCCCGGCAGCGCUACGAUAGCCGCCUGGUGGAGGUGGAUUCUGGACGGAAAGUGGAGUACGAGUACAAACUGACUCAGGCUCUGAUGGACAUGAGGACUCAGAAUGAGGAGCAGAUCAUCAUCUACAAGGAGAACAUGGAGGGCGCCCAUGUGACCAAACUGGAGGACCUGCGCAGGAUGUCUGAGAUGAACGGAGCGUCGGCCAGCACGGCCCGAGAGGAGCUGAGAGAAUCCUCCCUGAGGAUCGACAGCCUCACCGCGCAGCUGGGAUCCAUGCAGAAGGAGACUCGUGGUUGGCGUGACCAGAUCGUGGAGCUGGAGGCGGCUCUUUCUCAGGAGAAGGAUCGGAGUCGCAGGAUGCUGUCGGACCGAGACCGAGAGGUGGCCGAGAUCCAGACCAAGAUGCAGCAGCAGCUCAACGACUACGAGCAGCUGCUGGACCUCAAACUGGCUCUGGACAUGGAGAUCAACGCCUACCGAAAACUCCUGGAGGGAGAGGAGGAAAGACUGAUGCUGUCUCCCAGUCCUUCGGCUCGGGUCACGGUGUCUCGAGCCUCCAGCAGUCGCAGCGUUCGCACCUCUCACGGAAAGAGGAAGCGCGUCGACGUGGAGGAACAGGAAGCCAGCAGCUCGGUGUCUAUCUCUCACUCUGCCUCGGCCACAGGGCCCAUCUGCAUCGACGAGACCGACACCGACGGAAAGUUCAUCUGCCUCCAAAACACCGGAGAGGAGGAUCAGGCAAUGGUCGGUUUUGAGAUGAUGAAGACGAUUGAAAAUGAUUCCGCCACCUACAAGUUCACCCCCAAAUUUGUCCUGAAGGCCGGCCAGAAAGUCACGGUGUGGGCGUCUGAUGCUGGCGUGAGCUCCAAACCCCCCUCAGACCUGGUGUGGAAGAACCAGAACUCCUGGGGGUCCGGACGGGACGUCCACGUGGUGCUGCUCAGCCCUCAGGGAGAGGAAGUGGCGAGGAGAACCACCACGUAUAAGACGGGAUUAGAAGAGCAGGAUGAGGAAGGUGAUGAUGAAGAGGAGGACAACUUUCUCCUGGGGCAGGAGGACUCUCACGCUGCGAACAGAAGCUGCUCCAUCAUGUGAUCCAACCCCCCCCACCACCACCUCUGAGCCCAGCCAGUCUGCUGCCAACUUUAAAACUAUUUUUCUAUCUUUUGUAGCACAUUUCAAUAAAAAAAAAAAAAGGUUUUAUUUCUCAUAAAAAUGCACAACGGAUUUUGGUAGGAAGUAUUUUCAACUGAAAAAAAGAACAAUACAAAAACAAUAUAAAAUUGUAUUUGAAGGUCAGAACCUUUAUUUUUUAUUUUUUAUAAAACCAUGCAACAAGUAGCUACUCUUAAGAAGCGCUGAUAUUUUUUAAUGGCUUUUAAUUUUUACAUUUUUGUUUAUAUCUGACUUUAAUAAUGAUGCCAUAUUGUAAGCUUUAAGAACAGGAUGUCGGGAUUGGAUCAGCUCAGGGGCUGGAGACCUACUGUAUAAAUUAAAUAAGCACUGAAAGGACAAGUACACUAACUAAUACCCCCCCCCCUCUUCUGUCUGGACUUUAACUGGACAAAAUGUCAGAUUUCUGUUUAGUGGCAUUCUUUUAGUAGACAUACCGUGAUUGUUUGAUUGUAUUAAUGAAGAAGUCAGAGGACAGUUGAAGUUUGUUAGCAGUUGUUGAGUUACAUUAAAGCCCCUCUUUAGGAGGAUUAAAAACUGGGACAGUGACACCUCGUGGAGAACAUCGUAAUAACAUUAUUUGUAAUAGUUCUCCACUCAGGGGCUGUAACGUAACUCAUCGACACAUUUAAAUAAGUAUUGAGAAGUGUUGAUUGUAUUCUUAACUUUUGAUAUUUAAAGUGUUUGAAGUACUUUGUGUUGUAUGUUAUUAUGCAUGCUAUGUAAUCAUAGUUGAAUCAUUAAAUGAGUUUUCUUGUA